CACAUUUUCGCCUCGUUAUGAAAACAAAAUGGCUGCGCCCAUGAGUGUGUACAAGUCGACAAUCACAAUGUUUUCUCCCAGUUUUAGUUGGGAUUAUUCCUACUUGAAAUUUUUCUACCCAAGAAUUUGGAAAUGGAAAGAAAAUUUUUAGUUAUAAGUUGUAAGAACCAAAACAAAAAAAUUGGAGUUGAAAAUUUUGAUGUGAAUGACAUAAGAAAAAUUGUGAAGGACAGAUUUUUCAUUGAAAAUCCACACAUUACUUAUUUCGACAAUGAUGUUGAUGACUGGGUGGACCUGGAUCCCGAAAGUAAUGAGUAUUUGAGAGACUUGAAAGUACUAAAAGUUAAAGUACAUGUAGUUGAUGAAGCUCCAACAGUGAUAGAGCCUAAGCAAGAUUCAUGUAGCAGUAAUGAAAAUGAGAAUAAUAUACCCCCACUGCCUCCUCUUCCUUCCUUGCCAAGUACAAGUCAACAACAGGAACAGAAUGUGAUAAAAGAGAAAACGCCUACUCCUAGCGUGCCGAAGGAAAUGCAAAAGAAGUUAACAAGCAAGAGUUGGAGUAAAAUCUACCGAGUUCCUAAGGGAAACUUUGCCAGAGGGGUGGUUGAUAAACUUGGUGCAGAGGAGGAGCUGUCAUCCAGUGAAAGGAAAAAUAUGCUUGAAGCUAUAUAUAACGAUGUUACAAAGUUUGAUGGUGGAAUGUACCCUACAUCAGAUAUGUAUGACGACAUUGUGGAUGGUUUGCUGAGAGAAUAUCCAUACUUACUCACAGUGGGAGGACUGCCAGCAAAUUCUGCGAGGACUUUCUGGAAAGAUCGAAUCAUCUAUAAAUUUGGAAAUGCAAGAAAAACUGUGGACAAAAGUCACCAAGAAGUAGUACAGAAAAAAAGAAAAAAGGAGCAAAAAAUGGAGGCCAUGAAAGAUUUGAAACAGUUUACUUGGGGUUUAGGAAAUUUUCUUCCUAAACAAUCUCCCAGUGAAGAUGAGACUUCAAUAAAACUUCAUGUUUCAUGGUUGAAAAGGGAAAACAAGAAAAGUAUUGAUAUUGAUCACCAAAAUGUCAAAGUGAAAAUGGACAUAACGUUUCCAUACAGGCGCAGCCUUAUUGUGAAUGACAAGCUUGCAGUGAGUGAAGUUGUCGAUGCUUUUCCUUGGCUUGGAUCCUAUAGAGAGAUUCUUGAUGAGUUCAAAAGAUUGUGCCCCAACACAGUAACAGAUGACAUUGAAGAACUAAUGGGAGAAAGCCUAAGGAAGUACCGGAAGGCAGUACUGAAAGUAAACACUGGAAAGAAAAAACCAACCUUCCUGAAAGAAAUAGAACAUACUUCGGCCCAAUACAGAACUGAAAGUCAGAGAAAUUAUGCUGAUGACUGCAUAGCAAUAAUAGGAUUAUUUCUAUUGUGCAAAGAGAACCCUGAAAAAAUUCUUCUUUUUUCAAGAGGACCGACUGCAUGCACCCCCAUGGCAAUAGGAAUUAAAAUUAAUCAGAACAUUUUGUCCAUGGACAAUGAAGCAUUUGAAAUACUAUUGGAAAAUGAAAGUGUAUUCAAAUGUGAGAAUUUUUUCCAAGCUUUUUGUGGGUUAAUUGCUACAAUUUAUGUAUUUAACAUUGCAUACCCAAAACCUGUUGAGAAAACAUUCAUGUUUUUUCAACAGGUCAUGAUAGGGUUGAAAGAUGAGGGAGGACAUCACAACAUCGAUAAAAGAAUUUUAGGGGUUCUGACAAACAUCAACAGAGAGUUGAAAAACAUUUAAGUUCGAAUGAUUUGUUUGGUUACCCUCAUUUUCUAAGAUGUUUUACUUGGAAAAUUGUUUUCUACUGUUAAUGAAGAUUUUCCAGUUUUAACACAUUUCAUCAUCUUUCUCUGUGUGUGUGUGUGUGUGUG